UUUGUUUGAACCUUGAUGAUGUGUUGACAGCUUUCCAUGUUUGGCAUUUGGAAGGACUGCCAGCAUUUUGUUUACAAAACAAAAAGUGCUUUUUGAGGUAUACCGACACGCCCUUUUCAAAGAAAAGGACGAACCACCCGCAUGGCCUCCUCCUUUCCCCCUUAUCUCCUUCCAUACCUCCAUACCCACACUCCUCCAUUUCUCAUCCCCUCUUUCUCUAUCUUCCCCUCACUCUCUUCUCAGUCUUCUAAAAACAAAGUUUGCUUCUAGUGGUAUAUGCACUAGAUUAUACUACUAGAAAAGAGAGGAAGCUUGUAUUGAUUGACCCUUUCUCUCUUGGUCCUUUUUUUUACUCCAAGACUCGGUCUUUUCUCUUUUCUUGCAUGUUUUUGAGAAGAAACAUAUACUCUCCAGGUUUUAUUCUGACUAAAAGUAAUGAGUGAUAAGGGAAUUGCAGCUUAUUACAGUUCUACUGCUCCUUUGUUACUCAAUGAAGGUAUUGAUAGAGUACCUCAGGAAUGUGUUAAGGAUGUUUCACCAGAAGAGCAAGAUUCCUUUCAGUGCCAGUGUCAAGCUUGGCAACCAUCACUUUCAAAGGUUGUUGAAGAGAUCAAGGAGCUUUAUGCGAUAGCCUUGCCUAUGAUAAUUACUGGUCUUCUUAUCUAUGGAAAAUCAGCAAUAUCGAUGUUUUUUAUGGGGAAAUUGGGCAAGGAAGCACUGGCAGGAGGGUCUCUGUCUAUUGGUAUUGCUAACAUUACAGGCUAUUCUGUCAUUUCUGGUCUUGCAAUGGGGAUGGAAGCUAUUUCUUCUCAAGCCUGUGGAGCCAAACAAUGGCCUCUUAUGGGCCAAACCCUUCAACGCACCAUAGCCAUCCUUACAAUUGCCUGUUUGCCCAUUUCAGUUCUAUGGCUAAACAUUGAGUCCAUCCUUCUCUUUUGUGGACAAGACCCAGUUAUCUCCUCAGUUGCCUCUACUUAUCUGGCAUUCUCUCUCCCAGAUCUACUCUUCCAAUCUCUAAUAAACCCUCUAAGAAUUCACUUAAGAACCCAAAACAUAACCCUCCCUCUUAUGUUGACUGCAGCCUUUUCCCUUGCUUUGCAUGCUCCUAUCAACUACAUCCUUGUCCACCAUCUUCGCCUUGGCAUUCAAGGUAUAGCUGUGGCAGUCACCAUAACAGAUUUGAAUUUGCUUGUUACCCUUUUGCUUUACCUAUGCUUCUCUGGCAUUUGUGACAAAACAUGGCAAGGUUGGUCCCUGGAAUGCUUCGAUGAAUGGAAGCCAAUACUUUGCCUUGCUAUACCUUGUUGCCUAUCUGUUUGCUUGGAAUGGUGGUGGUACGAGCUUAUGAUAGUCCUUUCAGGACUUUUUAUCAAUGCCCCAGAAGCAGUCGCUACAAUGGGAAUCCUAAUACAAGCCACUUCACUCACCUAUAUCUUCCCUUCGUCUUUGAGUCUAGCAGUCUCGACACGGGUUGGUAAUGAGUUGGGAGCCAACCAGCCAAGUACGGCUAAAACCUCGUCCACGAUCGCAUUAUCAUGUGCUGUUUUAUCUAGUUUCAUGGCUAUGUCAUUCAUGACAACAAUGAGAAACGCUUGGGGACAAAUUUUCACAAACGAUAAAGCCAUUUUGUCGUUGACAGCAAUGGUGAUGCCAGUGGCAGGGCUUUGUGAGCUAGGGAACUGUCCACAAACCACCGGUUGUGGCGUUCUGAGAGGGAGUGCAAGGCCGACAUUGGGUGCCAACAUAAAUUUAGGAUCCUUCUAUGGUGUUGGAUUGCCAAUUGCAGUUGUAAUGGGAUUUGUGAUGGAUAUAGGGUUGUUAGGCCUUUGGUUGGGAUUAUUGGCAGCACAAGUUGUAUGUGCCAUUGUCAUGGUCAUAGUGGUGGCUAGAACAGAUUGGUUUGUCCAAGCAAAAAGAGCCGAACAACUGACUGGUAUUAAUGCAUUAGUGGAAGAGGAUCAAAGCAAAAUCCAGGGUUUAAUAUCAGUAAUGCUUGUGAAUUAGCCUCUUUUUUUCCAAGUUACAAAUUACUUCAAUGCUCACUGCUUGUCGUUUUGUUCCAUUUAGGUGUUCAAUCAAGUAAAAGUUCUUUUA